AUCACAUGCUAUAGCACUCGUGAAGAGUUGAUCCAGAGGUUGAGAGAUUCCUCUUGUCCGGUGCUGCCAUUUUUCUUCUGAAGGAAACAGAGUGUUGUGCCACUCGUGCAUCACAAUUUUAUGGAUUAUUCAAUCCACUACCACAAUUGAUGCUUAGAUAUGCCAGUGAUUUCAAAGAAAAGAAAUUUGAGUUGGUAGUUUGGAACCUCGUGGUGGGGAGACGUUGCAUAAACAUCGCCAAUAUAAUCAUUUAGAUCCAAUUUCCUAGCCAUGUUACCAUUUUCUCAUAACUGAAGAGAAUGAGAUUCCUUAUGUCUCCUACACCCCCAUGAUAUAUAUAUUGAUAACAUUGCCAAGGGAAGGGACACAACACAACACAACUCAGUGGUUUUGAAUUCAGAAAGAAAAAAUGGCUUCCUCUUCUUUGAGAUCAAAUUACCAUGCUCGCUCUGUCAGCUUGCCCUCUAAAUCUCAUCCUCUCAUUCCCCAAUUCAAUGAUCAUUUGUGUCGAGUGAGGUCUUCUGAAUCUACCUCUUGCUCACUGCCAUCAAUAAGCAACACAUUAAGCGGCCUUGAAGAUUUGUACGACUGUGUGGAUGAUUUGCUUCUACUACCACACACUCAACAAAGCUUGGCCCAAAAAUUCCAUGAGAAACAGGUUGAUGAGGCGUUGGAUGGAUACCUCAAACUCUUGGAUGUUUGUGCAACCGCCAAAGACGUCUUCUCAGAGUCAAAGGAAGAUGUGAAACAACUUCUUUCAAUCCUGCGUCGAAAAAGGGAUGCUAGUAACUUUGGGGGAUACUUAACCUCUAGAAAGAAGGCGAAGAAGGUCAUGAAAAACUUGCUCAAGGAUUUGAAGAGCAUUGAAAACAAAAACAUGAUUCUAGACUUGGAUAAAGACCAUGAAACUGUUGUCAUAUUUAGCAUAUUGAAAGAGGUUGAAUCAGUCACUCUGGCAGUAUUGGAGUCCUUCUUGUCCUAUGCUGCGGGAUCAAAGAUGCACUCAAAGAGAAGUGGCGCGUGGUCUUUGGUUUCCAAACUGAUGCACCAGAAGAGUACUGUGGCUUGUCAAGCCAAAGAUACAGUUAUCAAUGAGUUUGAAAAGGUUGAUGCUGCAGUGCAGUCGCUCAUCAGUCACAUGCCAAGCAAAUCUGAUGACAACAAAAUUGUGCAAAACCAGCUUGAAAAGUUUGAGUUAAGCAUUCAAGAUCUUGAAGGAAUUCUAGAGCGCUUGCUCAGGCGUUUGAUUAAAACCAGAGUUUUUCUCCUCAACAUUCUCAACCACUAGCCUAGAAAAUCUUGAUGUCACAGAUACUUGAAAUGUAAAUGAGAAAUAUACUUGUAAAUUGUCCUCUAAUUAUAAAUCAAUAUACUCAAUCGGUGCAAAUUAUUGCGUAUAUAUACAUUACUUCUUUCU